AUGAAGGGAAGAACAACCAGCAAUGUUCAGUCGAAUCGGUCUACGAAGAAUGGGAAAAGAGAUCUAAAGCCACAGAAAUCGAACGGUGCUAAAAGAUCUUCAGAGCAAGAAAGACUCAAAGCUUUAGACUCUAAGGAAGAAUCUAAUGUCUCUGAGGCUGCUAAGAAAGUGGAUGAUGAGGGGACAAAUGGGUCUUUAGAUACUCUUCAAGAGUCUAACUCUGGUAGGAUUACAGAGAAAACUGAGAAGGAAGAGACUCUGAAUGAUAAGGAAGAAAGCAAAGACUUUGAUGUUAUUGCUAAUGAGAAGACGGAUGGCUCUGCAUCUUCUUCUGAAACAUGCGAAGGAGUCAAUGUCGUUAAGACAGUUGAAGUUUCGGAUGGUGGUCUAAGCGGUGGAAGUGAGAACGAGGCAGAGAAAAGUGAGAAAGUUGAGGAAGAAGAAGAAGCAUUGAGAGUAAAGGUUGAGAAUUUGGAGGCAAGAAUUGAGAAACUUGAAGAAGAGCUAAGAGAAGUUGCAUCUCUGGAGAUUUCGCUCUACUCGGUUGUGCCAGACCACUCUAGCUCAGCUCACAAGCUUCACACGCCUGCUAGGAGGAUUUCGAGACUCUAUAUCCAUGCUUGUAAACACUGGAGUCAAGAAAAGAGAGCAACCGUCGCUAGAAACACAGUCUCUGGUCUCAUAUUAGUUGCUAAAUCUUGCGGAAAUGAUGUUUCAAGGUUGACCUUCUGGUUAUCGAACAUUAUUUUUUUGAGAGAGAUCAUUUCGCAGAGUGAACAACAAAGCAGUUCAGGGAAUUUAAGAAGCAAGAAGAAUCAAUCAAACGGUUUCAAGCGGAUGUUUGAAGAUUGGGAGGAAACAGAAACUUUCACAACAGCAUUAGAGAAAGUUGAAUUCUGGAUUUUCUCAAGAAUCGUUGAAUCUGUUUGGUGGCAGGUCUUCACUCCUCAUAUGCAUUCCCCUGAAAACAGCGGUAAAACAAAUGUGAAACGAAUUGGAAACCAAGAUGGAAGCUUUUCAAUCAGUCUAUGGCAAAACGCCUUCAAAGUUGCUUUAUCAAGGCUCUGUCCUAUGCGAGGAUCAGGGCAUGAGUGCGGUUGCUUACCUAUCUUGGCUAAAAUGGUGAUGGAGAAGUGUAUAGCUCGAGUUGAUGUAGCAAUGUUCAACGCAAUACUGCGAGAAUCAGAGGAUCAGAUUCCCACUGAUCCCGUCUCUGAUCCUAUCCUAGAUUCCAAUGUUCUGCCUAUCCCUUCUGGAGACUUAAGCUUUGGAUCCGGAGCACAUCUUAAAAACGCGAUUGGGAAUUGGUGUAGAUGUCUCGCUGAAAUGUUCGACAUGAACACUGGUGAUUCAGUAGAAGAAUCUGAUCUGAUAGAAAGCGAGAAUGAGAAGUCAUUCAGUUUGUUAAACGAGCUUAGCGAUCUACUUAUGCUCCCUAAAGACAUGCUUAUGGACCUCUCCAUUAGAGAAGAGGUAUGUCCAUCGAUCAGUCUUUCACUGAUAACAAGAAUACUCUGCAACUUCACACCUGAUGAGUUCUGUCCUGAUCAUGUCCCUGGAGCUGUCCUAGAAGAGCUCAACAGAGAGAGCAUUUUAGAGGAGAAGUUAUCAGGAGUUAGCUUCCCUUACGCUGCUUCCCCUGUUUCUUACAUUCCUCCAUCAUUAGUCAAUGUAGCAGAGAAAGUUGUAGAGAUUGGAGGAGACAUGUCUAGGAUGUCGAGGAAUGUAUCUAUCAUACAAAGAAAAGGAUACACAAGCGAUGAGGAGCUUGAGGAACUUGAAUCUCCUCUUACUUUUGUUAUCGAUCAAGUGUCGGUAUCACCAACUUCAAGACUCAAUGGGAAGGUGAAGCAGGAAGCUGAGGAAAUAGGUCAAGUGGUUACAAAUUCAAGAUAUGAGCUUCUUAGGGAAGUGUGGUCUGUGUAA